CGGGGCUUCCCGCUGUGCGGAGGAGGCGGCUGGGGCGCUGCUGCCUGCGCGGGGAAAACAGUGAGGCUGACUCUCUUCCUGAAGGAUCCUUGUGCUUCUUCCUAAGAUCACACAGAGUGUGUGCGCACACAGGUUGACGUGUGGAUUCAUUGUAAUGGAUCGCUACAGAUAUUUCAUCUUUAACCAGAAAAGUAUGGUUGUGCUGGGGUUCUUGCAGAUAGCCUCUGCUGCAGUGUGUGUCAUCAGUGGAUUAAUGGAUGGCACCUUCAGAACAGAAUCAGCACUGAGUAAAACCAGAGCACCCAUCUGGGCUGGAAUGGUCAUGGCUGUUCCUGGAAUUCUGGCUUUAUUUUCUUCCCAGAAAAAAAAUCCAGUUCUUGUGAAUGCAAUGAUAGUAGCUUCUAUAUUUUCUUGUUUUGCCACCAUCAUUGUAGUUGUCUAUGCUUCCUUAACUUUAAGCUAUGGUGAAGAAGAUGAGAUGUUCACACAUGAGCCAGUUCAUGUUAUUCAUACGAAGUUUGUGCUUGAUAAACUUGUCAAAGGAGCCAAUGUAGCAAUGUUAAUUGCAUCUACCUGCAGUGCUUUCAUUGUGCUAGUUAUUGCUUACAUGGGCUGCCGAAGUCUUCCACGUUGUUCAUGUUAUGACAAUGUAACUGGAAUGGAAUGGUUACAACCUGCUGAGGAUCCGCAGCAGACUGUGGAACUGGUUUGCACUGUGCAAAGUCAUGGGAACAGAAUCUUUAAUUCCUCAGUGCAGUUUCCAGAUCAAGACUUGGAUGCAGAGGAAGAACUAUCCAAACCACCUCCCUACAUCAGAUUUGCUUGAAGAAUAACUAAGAAUUUUAAUGCUAAUAGACUGGAGAACUUACUUUAUAUUUUGCUACCUUUUUUAAAGUUUUUAAAAAAACAAUCUGUGCUCUUUUUCUUGGAUUCUUUAAACAUGGAACUAUUGAAUGCACAGAAAGUUCAGCAAAGAUGGCAGUGCAAUUGUCUAAGCACUCAUGGAUGAAAAGAUCUUACAGGUUCUUAAACUGAUUUAAGUCUUGCACAGUUUAAAAUACCUCAUCUCUUCUGGGAUGUAUGAAUCAGUCUCUGCAGCUUUUAUAUGAGAUGUAUAUUUUAAGCCUAGAUGAUAAUGGAAUUUGUCUUGCAGCUUCAGUUUAGUAGUGCUAGCUUUGAGCAUUCAAAUGUGAAAUCAUAUUGACUGUUUUAAAAUGUUUGUUAAUGUAGCUACAUUCUUCUCAAAUAUAACUUGGUUUUUCUACCUUUUAAACAAGUUAUACCAGAAUGAAGGAGCCACUUGUGGUUAGACAUUAUUUCUCUUACUUCUGUGGACUGCACUGGAUAUUCAGCCAUCUUCUUCCAUCUUUCUUGGGGAACAGGCUAAAAUGUCUGGUAUUAAAACUUGAA